CCCAGGAUCCAACGGCCCACGCUCCAUCCGCCCUAGGGUUUUAAACUUGCCCUUUUUAUUUAACCCCUCACGUUCCCAAUCUUCCUCCUUUGCAUUCUGCAGCGCCGUUUCAUUUUUCCACAGGGUCUCUAGGGCUUCUCUUACUUGUGCCAAGAUGCCUCUUCCCAACGAUAUUGAUCUGCUACAUCCUCCGGUAGAGCUGGAGAAGAAGAAGCACAAGCUGAAGCGCCUUGUGCAGUCCCCCAACUCCUUUUUCAUGGACGUCAAGUGCCAGGGCUGCUUUAACAUAACAACUGUUUUUAGCCACUCUCAAACAGUGGUGGUGUGUGGAAACUGCCAGACUGUGUUGUGCCAGCCGACCGGUGGGCGUGCUAGGCUCACCGAGGGUUGCUCUUUCAGGAAGAAGAGUGACUGAUGAUUUUGCUCUGCCUUUAAGCUUCUAGCCGAGGAGAUUCGUUUGUUUCAACUUUAGAGGAAAGAUAUGAAAUUGUGGUUCUUGUUCUAGUUUUGUUCUAAAUGUGUGUUCUGGAUUUGGGCUCUUGCCUUUUUAACUUUUUUAUAUUAUGUUUUUAUGUAGUUUUCACAAUUUCUGCAGUGAAAUUGGAUUUUACCUGGCUUAUAUGCACAUUUUAGAAUUUUUGAGUUGUGCUA